GGCGCGUUGCUUUUAAAUAUUGGGCGUUUUCACAGUGCGAGACGCCUGGAGGAGGAGAAGGAGAGGAGGCCGCGCGCCAUUGAUGGGCGAAUAACGUUUUUAGGCCUCCCUUCCCCAUCCUGCCGUUGUGAAAUUUUAUUUUUCACUCUUCUGGGAGGAAGCUAGCCAGAUAAAAUGUCGAAGGACGAGGACAAAGGGAUCCCUGUGAAGGUGGCCCUGAGGUGUCGCCCACUUGUUCCUAAAGAGAUUGCGGAGGGGUGCCACGUGUGCUUGUCUUUUGUCCCUGGAGAACAGCAGGUAAUCCUAGGGAAGGACAAACCUUUCACAUAUGAUUAUGUUUUUGACCCUUCUACUGAGCAAGAGGAAGUUUUUAACACUUGCAUCGUUCCCCUCAUAAAGGGAAUUUUUAAAGGAUACAAUGCCACUGUUUUGGCCUAUGGACAGACGGGGUCUGGGAAAACAUAUUCCAUGGGAGGAGCCUACAUAGCCAACCAAGAGAACGAUCCCAUCGUUGGAGUCAUCCCCCGAGUGAUAAAAUUUCUCUUCCAAAAAAUACAAGAGAAAACGGACUGGCACUUUUCCUUGAAAGUCUCUUAUUUAGAGAUCUACAAUGAAGACAUCUUGGAUCUCUUGUCGCCAGCCAAAGAUAGGACAUCUCAAAUCAGCAUCCGCGAAGAUCCCAAAGAAGGCAUAAAGAUCGUGGGACUGACAGCACAUGAGGUGACUAAUGCCCAAGAGACAGUCUCCUGCCUGGAGCAAGGAAAUAACUCCCGAACGGUUGCUGCCACAGCUAUGAACACCCAGUCGUCACGCUCUCAUGCCAUCUUCACCAUAAGCAUUGAGCAGAAAAGCAAGAGUGACAUGAACACCAGCUUUCACUGCAAACUGCAUCUGGUAGACCUGGCAGGUUCUGAAAGGCAGAAGAAGACCAAAGCAGAAGGGGAUCGACUCCGGGAAGGUAUCAAUAUUAAUAAAGGGCUUCUCUGCCUGGGGAAUGUCAUCAGUGCUCUUGGGGAUGAAACCAAGAAGGGCAGUUUUGUCCCUUAUAGGGAUUCCAAGCUAACCCGUCUGUUGCAAGAUUCCUUGGGAGGCAAUAGCCACACUUUGAUGAUUGCCUGCGUGAGUCCAGCUGAUUCUAAUCUGGAGGAGACGUUGAAUACCCUUCGCUAUGCUGACAGGGCCAGAAAAAUAAAGAACAAGCCAAUAGUGAAUAUUGACCCACAGGCUGAAGAGAUCAACCGGUUAAGAACGCAGGUUCAAGAGUUGCAGGUUUUAUUGCUACAGGCCCACGGAGGGACACUCCCAGUAUCUAUUGGGGAGCCCUCAGAAAACUUGCAGUCUCUGAUGGAGAAGAACCACUCCCUUACAGAGGAGAAUGCAAAACUCAGCCGCAGCCUGAGCGAAGCAGCAAGUCAGAUUGCUCAGGUGUUGGAGAGUUACAUUGCGGCGGAGCAGCAGAAUGAAAAGAUCAACGCCAAACUUGAGGAGCUUCAGCAGCAUCCUGUGACAAAACUCAACCUGCAGAAGUUACUUGAGACUCUGGAGGACCAAGAACUAAAACAGCAGGUGGAAUUAUUUUGUCAGCUGCAGGAACUGAUUACUCGCUUGCCGAAUGAAAAUGCUAAUGGUGAUGCUGACAUGGAUACAUCUGACCAGGAUUCUAGUGCUGUUUCAGAAGCUGAUCUGGAAGCCCAACGAUCCUCUGAUGAGUAUGCGACCCAGCAUGCCCUUCACCAGGCUCAGAUGUCGAAAGAGCUGCUGGAGCUCAAUAAAGCCCUGGCUCUGAAGGAGGCCUUGGCGAGGAAGAUCUCUCAGAAUGACAGCCAGCUGGAGCCCAUACAGAGCCAAUACCAGAGCAACAUUAAGAAUUUGGAAGAAGAAGUUUCCAAACUGCAGAAGGAGAAAGAAGAGCUGAUCAUGGCACUUCACGUGUCCAAAAAGGAUGCCAACCAAGCAAAGCUGAGCGAGCAGCGUCGAAGGCGACUUCAGGACCUGGAAGGAGAAAUGACAGAUCUGAAGAAGAAACUGAAAGACCAGUCAAAGCUCCUGAAGAUGAAAGAAUCCAGUGAGCAGACAGUGCGCAAACUAAACCAAGAGAUCCGGACAAUGAAAGUCCAGCGUGUUCAGCUCAUCCGGCAGAUGAAAGAAGAUGGUGAAAAAUUCAGACAGUGGAAGCAGCAGAAGGAUAGGGAAGUUAUCCAGCUGAAGGAGCGGGAUCGUAAGCGGCAGUAUGAAUUGGUCAAAAUGGAGCAGGACUUCCAGAAGCAAGCCAGUGUUCUCAGGCGGAAGGCAGAAGAGGCAGCCACUGCUAACAAACGCUUGAAGAUUGCUCUGCAGAAACAGCAAGAAGCUGCCAGCAAACGGAAAGAGACCUCGAACCGCGGAGUCGAGGGACUUGCUGCCCGUGUGAAGAACGAUCUUGCGAAUGAAAUUGAGGUCCUUGUUAGUAUUGAAGAAGCUCAGCGCCACCUCAACGACCUUCUAGAAGACCGUAAAAAUUUGGCCAAGGAAAUCACAUCACUUAAAGAAAAGCAGGAGGCAGGGGAGAACCUUCCCGCAAAAAACAAGAGGCGCACCUUCUCGCGCAAUGAUGCAGAUAUGAACUAUUCCCUCGCCAACCAAAUUCAGAGCCUGGAAACAGAGAUGGAGCUCAGGAGUGCCCAAAUUGCUGAUCUCCAACAGAAACUGCUGGAUGCCGACGCAGGAGACCGCACCAAGCAUCGCUGGGGGAGCAUCCACACCCUCCCAGAAGCCAAUUGUGCGAUCAAGUACCUGAUUGGCGAGCUUACCUCCUCCAAAGUAGAGUAUAGCAAACUGGAGAACCGCCUCCAGCAGAGCAAAACCUCAUGCGCCAACCUGCACAAAAUGCUGGCAGAGAAACAGAAAGUAGCCACCGAAAUGGAAGCAGAGUACGAAAGCCAGCUAGUCAAGAUGGAGCAGGAGCACCAAGAGAAGGUGCUGUACCUGCUCAGCCAGAUCAACCAUAAAGAAGAAACAGAGAAACGGCUGGAGAUUUCCAUUUCAGAACCAGAGAAGCAGCUCCUCAAACAGCUCCAAUUCCAGAAUCAAGAACUGUCAAGGAUGAGAGAAGUCUUUGAGAAGAACCAAGCGCUCUCUGAAGAGCUUGAUGUUGCCAAACAGAAACUGCUGCUGCUUCAAGUGGCCAGUGGGCAGAAGAUCCGGAGCAUGCAUCCCGCUCUGGCAGAUGAACCGGACUCCCCCUUCGACUUCAUCCCACCCAAGCCCAAGCCCCGCAGGCGAACUACCGCAAGGUCUACAUUUGCGAUGCCAGAGGAAGACUCAACAUCCAAUUCGGAGGAUUUGGGAGGAGACACUGAAGAUGAUGAGUGGGUCCCAGCCAAACUUGCCAAGAAGACUGCUUUGGGGUGCUGCUGCAAAGGCCGUUGCAGAAACAGGAAGUGUGGCUGCCGGAAGCAAAAAGUGACCUGUUCUGAGGACUGUCGCUGUGAGGCCGAGGAGUGCCGGAACCGAGACAACUUUAUCUUGGAGGGGACACUCAUGGAGGGGCCAACAGGAGAUGCCAAGGACCUGGAAGACCCCACGCUGGUGGCAGCAGGGGACACUUUCUUUGCGCCCCCAGAGGUCACUCCCAACAGGAAGGCAUUGGAAGAAACUCCUGAGGAAGAGCCCAAAGAGUCGGAGGCAAAUGGCACCUCCGUCUUCCACUACCCAAGUGACUUAAACGCUGGUGGGAAUCCAGUGCCGUUGGUAAAGAGGAAGCGGACGCGGGCUCUGAGCAGCACCAGCCGGUGGUUCUCCGGCUGCACCCCGAUCAAGGAGGACUUCUGAGCCGAAGGAAGAGAGGACCCUUCAUCCUAGAAUUGGCUCGAUCCUGUACUCAAGGCAGGACCAGUCUUUUGUUAGUUUUAUAGCAUGUACAUUUUUUUCUUGAGUCAAUAGAAUUUACAGCAGGUGAAAUACACGUUUUUACUUUUUUGGUUGUUUUUCACGAACAUACAUUCCAGCAGGCUGAGUUUAUGGAAAGAAUAAGAUGAAAUUUUCCUAGAAACGGCCUUAGAAUAUGUAAUGUGAUCUAGAACUAGUCCUUUUCUGAAAAACUGAAUGAUCGAAUGUGACUUUGUACUUCUUUUCCUGUAAACAUUAUGGAGGCAAAGUUUCUCUUGGGCCUUUACAUGCAGUACUUUUUUUCAAGUACUGUAUGCAAAGGGAUGGGAGGAAAUGGUACAUUUGAGUCAGGAAUCCUGCUCAAGACUUUUUGGAGCUUGAGUCUUUGCCAAUAUUGGUCUACAGCAUUUCUGUUGCACCUUUUGGCAUACUGGUUGCCAAGGGGUUAUGGAAUAUCAUCUGGCUUUACUUAUGCCUUAGAUUAUUUGAACCAAAUUGUCGCUGUCAUUUGUUAACACUUUACCAAUACACUGGAUGCUGUUGUCAGGCACUGUAACAAAAUUGCCACCUGUCUGCUUUCUCCCACGAAUGGAAUCUCAGGUUUAAUGUUUUUUAAUAGUUUCCCUUUCCAAACACAUGGCAAGAUAUGUUAACCUCUUGGUAUCAAAAAUCGGAGCCAUGUAACAUUAAUUCCAUAGUUCCAUCUUCCUCCAAGGUAGUUUAGGUGAGGAAGCACCAGCUGGCCUUGGCUCAGAGGGGGAAACAAACAAGAAUGCACUUAUUCCUCAAACCAAAGAGUAAUUGCAUCUCCCUGUACCCCACUUUGCCCCAACUCCACUGGUAAACAGCAUCAGCCUAAAUCUCAAAGGCUUGAUACUGAACCGGUGCAAAGGAUAAAAAAAGAACACUCAUCACAUACACAAGCCACACUUACAUCUGCAUCCUGCCCAGAUCUUGGGCCGCUUUAAAAACCAUCUUUUUAUUUGGAUUCAAGGUACCAUAUGACUCUUUUUGCUUUCAAAUAUACACUGAACUCCAAACUCUUGGUAUGAACCAAUACAGCUUCAUAACUUUGCUUCCUUUGAUUUGUACAUAGUAGGGUUGCAAUGUAGUUGUAAUGCAUAACAUAACUCUUUAAAUGAUUCUGUCAUUCUACUGUUUGUUAAAUUUUCCUAUUUAUGUAGACAGCCCUGUCUGGUUUCAGUUUCUAAAGGGUUUGUCCCACUUCCUCCUAUGGCUGACACCAUUUCUCAAGUUCUUAGUCAUGCAGCACCUCAGCGAUGGAAAAACCCUCCUUAAUUCAGUGUUCUACUCUGAAAAAGAUACUUUCAUGUGCAGUGUCGGAUAUUAUUGUAAUAAAAUUGUUUUUCUUAAGGCAUCAGUCUAAACAGAUGUCAACCUUUGAUUGUUUUUUUGUAAUUAAUAGCUAAUUUCUGAUAUGCAAAUAAACUAAUGUUUUGGUAGCAAA